GUCUCCGCCUUCCAAGUACCCCUCUUGUGAUUGGUUCCUUGCACAUGUUGGACGGUGUUCAUUGGCUGACGCAGCGUUAUUUUGACAGUUCACUUCCGGGAAGGCUCACGAGGUGUUGCGGCGUGUGAAAGGCUGUCAAUAAAUUACCAAGGUCACAAUGGCUGACAGUGUGGAGGUGAGCAGUCAGCCUCCUGCAAUAGAGGAGCAGGGAGGAGGCGAAGGUGGAGGAGGCUCAGAGAUGGAUGCAGGAGGUGGUUUGACUGAUGCCCAGACAGAGGUGUUGGAGAGAUGCCUUCAUGCACUCAAACAUGCUAAAAAUGACAGUCUGACCUUGGCUGCUCUUCUGUUGAUAACUCGCUUGUGCCCAGCAAACCAGCUUGACAAACCCACCUUGAGGCGCAUCUUUGAGGCCGUGGGCCUGAACCUUCCUGCUCGACUUUUGGUGACAGCAGUCAGACGGAACGACAACUCUAGCUUACCACCACACGAGCUCCUUUCACUGGGAACAGCUCUGUUGGCUGCCCUGAGCACAGACCCAGACAUGGCCUCCCACCCCCAGCUCCUCACCACCAUCCCACUCCUGCUGGGCAUUUUAGCAAAUGGUCCCAUGAGCCAACAGAGUCCAGACUCUAAAGGCCAGUCAACAGGGGGUUUAAACACAGAAAGUAGUCCUGCUAAUUUGGCAAAAUCAGCAGGAGAGUGCAAGAAAAGUGAAGAGAGUGAGCAAAAAUGUGACAGCAGCAGUGAAGCAAACCAAGAUUCAUCAUCUCCACAGAGCUCUAACUCCUCCAAGCUGGAUGAGGCCAUGGCUGCCGACUGCUACCAGAUUCUCACAGCUGUGUGUGCCUUACCCAGAGGUCCUGACCAGCUGCUGAGCAGGGGUGCUGUUCCUGCUCUGUGCCAAGCAGUGGAGCAAAACCAGACUUUCAGCCACGAGAAGGGGCUCGCCUUGCUUGGUUGCCUCCUCUCCGGCAAAACCAAAGACAAAGUGUGGAGUAAACACCCUGCAGAACUCCUCAGUCUUCUUGUCAGGCUCUCCAAAGACUUCUGUCAAGCCAAAGAUCAGCCCAAACUGGACAUGUGUGCCCAGCUGGUGCAGUUUCUCCCCCCAGCAGGAGCGUCACUCGAGAGCGAGGAGCUGAAGGGAGUCGUCGCUCGUGUUUGGGGGGUUCUGAGACCAAUGCUGCAGGCCAAGUUGACGCCGAGACAGAUCGGGCCGAUCCUGCGCCUCAGUGCUUGUCUGCUGGAUUUGUUCGGGUGGGAGCUGGUAGGACCGCCGAAGUUCUGCUGCCUGCUGGUGAACCGGGCCUGUGUGGAGGUCAGAAUGGGUUUGGAGGAACCACCUGGAAACAAACUGAGCCCGGAGCUGCAGCACACACUCACAGGCUGUUACAGAAUCAUGGAGGCGGCCAUCGAGCAGGCCUGCUGUCAGGGUGUGUCACAGACCACCGCGCCUCCUCCUCAGACCUCCACCUCUUCUCUCAGUCUGCAGCAGAGCAGGCAGGUCCUCGGGGUGUUGGAGGAAGCCUUCUCUGCUUUAAUGUAUCACCUGCAGCAGGUGGAUCCGAGUCGCUAUGGUGACCCUUUUAUCUUCGCCACAUUCCGCUCUCUGUGCUCGUGGCUGGCCGAGGAGACUUCCUGUCUGAAGGAGGAAGUGACUGGACUGUUGCCUUUCCUGAUCGGAUACUGCCGGAGCCACCUGCAGGGUGAGAGCCCAGAGCAGGGCCUGUCUGACUGGAUGGCCGAGAUGUCCGUCAGAGAGGAAGGGGGGACGUGGACGGGCAAAGAAGCUCUGAGGUAUCUCCUCCCAGCUCUCUGUCACCUGUCGGCAGAGGAAGGUCCCAGGAAGGUGCUGCUCACCCUCGACACCCCGGCCCUGCUGGUGGACUUCCUGUCGCAGUGCUGGAGCUCCCUCAAGGGGAAGAGUGGGGUGGGGUCGAGCAGGGACCCCAGCAUGGAGACGGCCUGCUCCGCCCUCCUGAACUUCACCGUGACGGAGCCAGAGAGAGUCAGGAAGGACCCGUGUUUCAGAGCGCUGGAGGCCCUUCUGAGUGAAGCACUUCCUGUUCUGGUUCAUAAACCUCAUCUGCUGGUGCUCGCAGCAAAUUACUGCACAUUAGGAUUAAUGAUUGGCAGACUCAAAUCAGCUCCUUCAGGAGAAGCCAGUCAGAGGCGUUUCUUCUCCGCGGCUCUCCGGUUCCUCCGCGGCGCCCUGGACUCCGGCUCCGGCUCCGGCCCGGUCAAGGUGAGCCUCAGCUGGGCGGAGAGCUGGGACGAGGCCGCGGAGCUCUGGAGGUUGGGCCUGCAGGCUCUGGGAGGCUGCGUCCGCGCUCAGCCUUGGAUCAUCGCCCUGGUCAGAGAGGAAGGUUGGCUCAAACACACACUCGCCAUGCUCGGUCAGUGUAGCGCACUGCCCGACCAGCACACACAGGGGGCGCUGGAGGAAGCUCUGUGCGCCGUGGCGGAACAGUGCCCGGCCUGUAAACUGGAGAUCGGAGACAUGAUAAGAAACGAUAAAGGAGCUUUGAGCUGCAUGAGGAACCUGAAGAAGUCGGUGGGAGUGAAGUGAAACCAGACUGACACAGUGAGCUCUUUGUUGGACUAUUUUUAACGUGCGGAGUUAAAAAUGAAUUAACAAAGAAAGCCGUGACUGAAGCCAAACUUGUGUUUGUUACUUGACAUGAAUAAUGUGUCUGUUGUCUCAGACUUUGUUGUAAGGAAAUUAAGUACCAGAUAGUCCUGAAAAUCAUGAUGCACAAACAUAUUUUUCUGUGUCAAACGAUGUAAAUGUUUAGAAGGCUGUGCUCUGAAAUGACAGCAUCCUACAUGUGAAUUGUGAAUGUUAAUGCCUUUAAUAAAGAGCUAUUUUGUUAGAAAGCCAA